UCCAGCCCAGACCACACCUCCCCCAAUUCUCCUAGCGUCAAAACGACCCGGAAAUUAGGGUAAUGUGUGAUACGAUACCAUGCCUUACCGCUGACCCUUGAGGUACCUACCUUACUGGCAAGGUGUAGAGACAAUCGACGAUGGCGGGGACGGGGAACAUGUAGGAUGUACCUUACUUUCGUAAUGGUGUCACCGCUCUGCUGUGAUGUAAGGUGUGUCGGUUUGGCAAGUCACAAGGGUGUGCCUUGACGUUGCGCAUUCCCAAACUGCUUUGGCGUUCAGUUUGUAUAUAAGACCCUUUCAUCCAUUUCCUCUACAGCGCUUUUUCGUACCAUCCCAUCACAGCCAAACACCAACAAGCAAACCAAACACCCGUCGAGGUUCUCUCUACAACUCUACAAAUUACCACUUCCCAACCCACCAAAACCACAACACCGCAAAAAUGGGUGCCGUCGUCUCUUGUGUCCAAUCCGUCUUCCGGACCAUCGGCAACUGCCUCACCUCCGUUAUCUCAGGUAUCGGAGGCAUCCUCCACGCCAUCAUCGGCGGCAUCGUCUCCUUCUGCAACAUCAUCAUCAGCUUCCUCACCUGCGGUUACUGCGGACGUCGCGGCAGCGGUGGCGGACGUCGCCACAAGACUACGACUAGAAGUCGCGUCUAAGCCGACCCUUCUGUCUCUAAAAAUCAUGAAAGAUGGAAGGGGUUGAACCACGACGAUUCGAAUUAUUUCGCGAUUGUGCAAACGAAUGACUGGAAGAGAGCAUGGAGAAGAUGAGCGCGGAUGAUUAAUGAAGAGCGCGGACGCGAUAUCAGCUUUGACAGCAUACCCACCCACGAGUUUCUUCUUUUUCCUUACGAUACCCAGAUACCAGUAGCUUAGCUUGAAUGGUAUAACACGAUAUCCACAAACAGAUAUGUGCCACUG